AUGGAAAAGCUUUUGGAAUUCGGUAGGAAAGCGAUGUUCUAUGUUAGGGUUCUUUCGGGAUAUGAAGAGCGUAAAAUCAGAUCUUACAGACUGCAAAUCCAACAACGCCUUCUACAGGCUCAAGAGAGGAAAGAAGCUCUUAAGAAGGUUCCCGAACAAAUUAUUUUAUCAGAGGUGCGGAAAAUGGUGGAGGAUAUGCAGUCUUUGAAUAAGAAGUUGGAAGAAACAGAAGCAGCAAUUGAGGAACACUUUAAGCCGAUAGACAAGGAAGCUGAGAUUAUUAUGAAAACACAGCUCGAAGGUGAGGAGAAAUCUAUGAGAGAGAUGGUGAUGGCCAUGCAGAGACAGGCUCUACUCGAGCAAGCUGAAGCCGAAAGAAUUGCGAAUUCGCGAAAUUCUAACAAGACAGAUCAAAGUAUUCAACAACCAACUGGCGUGGAAAAGAAAACCGAGACAGCUUAA